AUGUCUCUCACAAAUUGCCGUUUCUAUGAAGAAAAAUACCCGGAGAUCGAUAGCUUCGUCAUGGUGAAUGUCAAAGCAGCUUCGCAGAUCGCAGAGAUGGGUGCCUAUGUUAAGCUCCUCGAAUAUGACAACAUCGAUGGCAUGAUUCUCCUCUCCGAAUUAUCUAGACGUCGUAUUAGAAGUAUUCAAAAGCUCAUCCGUGUCGGCCGUAAUGAGGUUGUGGUUGUUCUCAGAGUCGAUAAGGAGAAGGGUUACAUUGAUCUUUCCAAACGAAGAGUUUCACCUGAGGAUAUUGUAAGAUGCGAAGAACGAUACAACAAGGGUAAAAUGGUUCAUUCGAUUAUGCGCCACGUUGCGGAGAAAACAAAGCAUCCUAUCGAGGAUUUGUACGAGAAGAUUGUGUGGCCAUUGAAUAAGAAAUAUGGACAUGCUGUUGAUGCCUUCAAGCUUUCGAUAACAAACGCUGAUACUUGGCAAGAUGUCUCAUUUCCUAACGAUAUCGUCGCUGAGGAAUUAAAAUCAUAUAUUGGAAAACGUCUUACACCACAACCAACAAAAGUUCGUGCCGAUGUCGAAGUUACAUGCUUUGGAUAUGAGGGAAUUGAUGCCGUUAAGACGGCUUUGAGAACUGCCGAAGCCAGAAACACCGCCGAUAACCAAGUCAAGGUCAAGCUCGUCUCUCCACCACUCUACGUUCUCACAAGCACAUGUCUGGAAAAAUCCGUUGGUAUUUCGACCUUGGAAGCCGCAAUCGUGGAUAUCAGAAAGAACAUUGAAGCUGCAGGAGGUGGAUUAAUUGUCAAGAUGGAACCUAAGGCAGUCACCGAGAACGAUGAUGCUGAAUUACAAGCACUCAUGGAGAAGAGAGAACGUGAAAACGCAGAAGUUAGUGGAGAUGAGAGUAUGAGUGAGAGUGAUGAGAACCAAGUCGAGGUCAUGUAA